CCCCCCCCCCAGCCAGCCGGUGCCUCCCCGUCCUUCGUGCAGCGCAGCGCGGCCAUGGUGGACUUCCCCUGCGCGAUGAAGACCUUCUCGGUGCCGGAGAUCAAGCCACUGGACCAGUACGACUUCAACCGGGCCAAGAUCUGUGCCAGCGUCCGGUGGCUGCUGUCGAAGUCCUACGGCUCCGCAGAAAACGUGCCUGUGGAGCUGCGGGAGCCUCUUUACAAAGACCAGUAUGAACAAGAGCACCUGAAGCCCUCCGUCUCCAAGCUGCUUCUGUCUCCAGAAAUCUACUGCAGAGCCCAAGCCCUGCUGGCACAGGCGCACGGGGCCUCCCUGCCAGCGCCACAGGGGCUGCCAGUGGACCACUCCUUGCUGCAGGUCCUUAUUAAGAAAGGUUUGACUCCAAAGGUCGAAGAUGCAGACGUCACCGAGGACGACCUACGCUUUGUCCCCAUCAAGACGAAGGCACACCUCGCCCUGAUCGACACUCUGAUGGCGCUGGUGGCCAGAGAGGCGGUGGGAAGCGUGAAGAUGGCCAAGGAGGCGGAGCAGAUGGGGGCCGGGGCUCCGUGGGAGAACGCUCUGCUCUUCUGGGUCAACAAGCUAAACCACAAGCUGAGAGAAACCACCGAAGAAGAAGAGCCCACCAAGUCUCAGACCUGCACAGACCUGCAAACCGCCCAAGACCCGUGUCAAUCCAACCGCUGGUACUGGAAGCUCGUCCCCCAUGCUAUCGCUUUUUGUUUGAAGGAAUCGGGGAAUAAGCCUCCAGUGAUCCGCUACAGGAAGGACAAGGUGCAGUCCAAGCUGACCCCGACCUUCCCGGUGGUCUCGGGGGUCCGGGACCUGUCUAAUGGUUGUGCGAUAGCUGCAGUGCUACACUUCUACUGCCCCGGCCUGCUGCCUCUGGAGGAUGUGUGUCUGAAGGACACCAUGUCGGUGUCUGACAGCCUCUACAACCUGCAGCUCAUCACCAACUUCUGUGCCAGCAGCUUACGGAGCUGCUGCCCCCUGGCUGUGGAGGACCUGCUGUAUGCCCCCCCGGCCCUGCAUCUGAACAUCAUGAGCUUCGUGGCUGAGCUGCUGGAGUGGUUUGAAGUGAAGAAGCCGGAUUUCGUUCAGCCCAUCCAACCCCUCGACCUCACAGAUGCCGCGGGGCUGUUAGACUGUACGAGUCCUGUCAACGGAAACAGUGGUUUUCCUUCCUUCGUCUUCAAACAACCCUUUGUGCCCAUCUGCUCCCCAGUGUCGCCAGAAAAAAACUGUUGGACAAAGAAACCAAUCAGCCGUCCACUGUCAGCAGGGACUUUCAGUAUCCCGUUUGGGCUGGACAGUGAUGUUGACGUUGUCAUGGGGAACCCAAUAGAUUCUGUCUUUCGCUCUGCUAGCAUCGACAGCCUCGCCGCCGGCGAAGCCGCGACGACCUCCCCGGUGACCUCGGCGGGGAAGAUCCGCCUCCCGUACAACAUUCCGGAGGAGCUCAGCCGUGUGGUCAGCGCCUCCGCUCCAUCGCAGAACUCCUCCCGGGCUCUCUACGCUCCCGCCACGCCGCUGGGGGAGCUGCCCACCAUCGAGGAGGCGCUACAGGCGGUCCACACUCAGAGCGGCAAAGAUCGGCGGAAGGGAAGAGUGGUCGAGAAAGGUGGAGGUCGAGAGGCGUUGGGCGGGAUGCCGGAGCCCAGGCUACGUCCGGAAGGAGCUCCAGCUGGUUUCUUCCUCCACUCCCCAGAGGAGGAUAAAUCGCUGCUCAGUAGCUCUGCUCCCUGUCGCUCUGGAGUCCUCCACCGGCCCGUUGGCGGAGAGGCGGGCGUCACCGAAAAGCAAGCGAGGGCAGAGAGGAGGGAGAGAUCGGGACGCGCCUCCGAUAUGUCGCGCGACGACGACUCCGUCCUGCGAGACGGCAGCGUCGACUCCUCCGAAGCGUCGGAUGAAACCCCUCGAAACGCCCCCGGUAACGUCCGUCCCGGUAACGUCCGUCCCGGUAACGUCCGUCCCGGCAACGGUCGCCAGGAAAACAACAGCGCCGGCAACAGUCCGCGCCUGACGAGCUUUGCAGACCGACGGGACAGCAGAAGAAGACAUCCUGCUACACCCGGCGAGGAGACAGCCUCUGCUCCGACCCCGACAACCCCAGGAACUCCACAUACACCCUCCACACCAGCCGGGGCACCCGGUCCGGCUCCCAGAGGCCCCGAACCGGGAUCCGAGGCCAGGGAGCUGGGGGCUCGCCUGGAGGAAAAACGGAAAAGCAUUGAAGCCCAAAAGAGACGCAUUGAAGCCAUCUUUGCCAAGCACAGACAAAGGCUCGGAAAAACAGCUUUCCUUCAGCUGAAAAGAGAGCGAGGGGAGGAAGAGCAUCUCACCCUGGAGGAACGCCUCACUUGCAUGGAGGAGCAACUGAAACAGGAGGAGGAGAGGGAGGAGAAAGAGGAGCCAUCUGUUCCUAAUCCUCCCCGAUUGGAGAAGCAGGUCACUUUCUCUAUCGAGAGUAAGAAAGGCGCAGAGAACGAGAAGGGAGGCGAGGCUGUCUUUGUGGAGUACAGUGAAGUAGUUCAGAAACUGAGUGAAGCUCUUCAGUCGCUUCAGAAGGACAUGCAGAAACUAACUGAACAGCAACAGCAGCUCAUGAGUGAUCGUAAACCCACCAAUACACCGAAAAACAAAUCACCUAGAUGUGGCGCAAAAACACCUCCUUACACCCUGACCAAGACGCCUCCAAGAACCCCGACCAAGACGCCUGCGAGGAGUACCAGUAACGCCUGGGUGAUCCCUGGUCCCUCCUCCCCGUUGCUGCGUUCGCACAUUCGUUCUUCUGCCACCUCCCCAAAGAACAUCCUCUCCUCUUCCUGCCCGGCUCCUCGCACAAAGAUACCCCCCUCCUCCUCCUCCUCCUCCACCCCCCGCAGCCCCAAGCAGCCCCUGCGGGCCCAACAGCAGCCUCACCCACGGCCCUCCGAACUUAAGUUUCCGCCGCUCAACCGGGCCUUGGCCCCCACCCAUAACGUGGAUGCCCUCCCCCGCCUACGGCGUGUGUCCCCCAGCAAGUGUCAGGUUCAGACCUCCUCCUCCUUUCGCAUCGGCGGGCCUCGGACUCCCCAAGACCGCUCUCAGACCGCCAAGGGGCCACUGCCUGAGGAGAGCACCUCGGACACGGCGUCCAGCGAAACCCCGACCCAGUUCAGCCUGGAGCUGGAGGACGGGGAGACUGUGGGGGGGCAGCUGGUUUUCCCGCAGCUCGGACAGGAUCGCGCGUCGGCUGCUGGCGGAAGCAGCUCCGGCGCUCCUUCCGAGUACUCCUUCGGGAGCGAGUCUAUCUCUGCAGCUUUCAGCGCAGGAGGCGAAGGCGCCAGGAGAGCAGGUGAAGGGAAGCGCUGCAGCCUGAUUGAGGCCUCGCUGUCUUCUCUCGGAAGGCCCGAGGGGGGCAGCGAUGUGCCAACUGACGAAGGGCAGGAGUUCUCCUCGGAUUCCAUGAGCGACCACGCGGAAUCCGCUGUGGAACCUGCCUCACCCGCCUCACCCGCCUCACCCGCCGCACAACCUUUAGACCCCCUCGAGCAGCUGGAUGCGACAACGGGAGCCGGCGAUUUAGAGCAACAAGACAUCGAAGGAGAACCAACGAGGGAGGCCGAAACCCUGGAGCCGAGCCGAGAGCAGAACGAGCCGGCGACAAGAGGAGGGAUUGGAUUCUUCUUUCAGGAGGAGGCGCGUAGUGAAGGGGAGAUGGCCCAGCGUAGAGCUCUGCUGUUGGAAAAGCAGCAGAAGAGAACUGAGGAGUUGAAGAAGAGGAGACAGUGGAAUGAGCAAGAAAGGGAAAACGGACCAGGAUGUGCAGACGGAAACUCUCCCUCCAGUACGCCUCCUGCAGGAAUGACCUCCCCUUCCCCCACGCCUCCCGCCACACCCGUCCGGAGGGGAACCUUCACGCGGGUGGAGUACGCACGGCGCCACCAACUCAGGAUUAUGGAGGACUUGGACAAAGUGCUUCGGCAGAAAUCGACCGGUCAAGGACGACCUUCCGCCAAGAAACCCCGCCCCCGUCCCCGCAGCAUGACGAGGGAGGAAACACAGCUGUCUCUGAGCCCAGCCAAGGGAACAGCUGGCUCUAAGUUGACCAAAGUCUACUCUAACUCCUCCCUCAACCUGGCCGCAACGGAGGAGCCAGGAAACAGAUGUGCCGAUGGCCCUAAGAAAUCACAUAGUCGCCCUGAUUCGCCUUCAAGAUGUGUGACGCAAAGCAAACUGGCCAAUCGGAACGGAGAAGACUGGGAGACUGGUUCCAAUGGAACCCCACCGGCCCCAGAAUACACAGGUCCAAAACUCUUCAAAGAACCGAGCUUUAAGUCCAACAAAUUCAUCAUCCACAACGCUCUGUCACGCUGCUGCCUCGCCGGGAAGGUCAACGAGACCCAGAAGAACAAGAUAGUUGAGGAGAUGGAGAAGAGUCCCGCCAACCACUUCCUCAUCCUCUUCCGUGACUCCAGCUGCCAGUUCCGGGGCGUCUACACCAUGAACACCGAGUCCCAGGAGCUGAUCCGAUUGGCCGGCGUGGGCCCGCGGACCAUUGGCUCCGCCCAGGUGGAGGCCAUCUACAAGUACAGCUCCGACAGGAAGCAGUUCAGCGCCAUCCCCUCGAAGACCGUGGGCAUGACUGUGGACGCCUUCACCAUCCCCGGCCAUCUCUGGCAGGGAGGAGGCGGCGCGGGGGGAGGAAGCCGCAGGGCCAGCGCUACUAAGAAGGCCGUCGUUUCUAAGUGAGGACGAGACGGGUCAUUGAAGACGACACUCUGCUCACUGAAGACUAGCCUUCAGCCAUGUGUGUGCACGCUAACCUCUCUGGAUCUCCUCACCUCUGUUUAAAAGACUGGAUUUGAAUGUGCAUGAAGGUAAUAGAGCAACCACGUCAUCUUUAUACCCACACUUUAAUGAGACAAACAAUUACAAGUAGAAAAGCAGUUUUAUACACCAGGACGAACAAGAGAGUCGACGCCACCGAGUCCGUUCAGACUGAAGACUGAAGCAGAUAAACACAGAAGAAGCUGCUUCUUUCUAAUAACUGCACCGUGAGAAGCUCUAUGGAGAUUAUAUGGCUGUGAUGGUCCCCGGAUACAUUAAAGUGUCAGUAGUGAAGUUUGGGAGUAUUCAGGGUAUUACUACAGCAGGUAGAUACUUUCACCCCUUCCCCUCUCUGGUGAUCUCCUCACUCUGCAAACACACCCGACUUUUUCCAUAAAAACUGAGAUUUAGGUCUCGCGUCUCAGGAGGUUCGGUCCACAGGGUCAGAUCACAUCCAGCAGCAGCCUCCAAAGGGCCAUUAACGUACUGACUGAAAAGGCUUUUGGUCUCUAGCUAUUAAACUUGUUCAUGACAACUGUAUAUGGGGCUUUCUAUAUAACUCAAGUUAGGUAUAAUUGAGGGCGUGGCCUCUUUGAGUGACAAGUGGGUGUGGUCUGACCAGCUGGUAGCUGUCUGCUACCAGUGAUGUCACAGAUACCUGGUCUGUGGUUCGGACAGCACCACCAGAGACAGACUAACUGACGGAGGCAGCGGUGGAGCAGCAGCUGCAAAUACACACUUCUGAACAUGUGAACUUUCCCUUUAAGCCAAAUAGAAUCCCUCAGAUUCUUCUCCUUCUUUUACACUCACAGCCGACAUGGUGAGUCACAGAAUGAAAUGUUACUGUUCUUCUCCCAGUGAGCACUGUUGAAUCUCAAAUCUCAAUUAAAUAACAGAAAAUGGC